CAGCUCAUUCAUGUCUUUGCUUUGUUGGCUGCAGUGCUACCUUGGAACCAACAGAUCAAGCACAAACAUCUGCAAGAAGCGACCGUCACAAUGGCACUUCCGAACAAACAAGAGAUCGAUGAUCUAGUCAGCAGCCUCAAUGAUGCUGCCAAGGCUUAUUCCGAUGCUCCAGAUCUUAACGGUUACAUGUCUAGGGUCCAGAUCCUCGAAAAAGCAAGGACACUCACAAAUGCCCUCAUCACGCCAGAUCAGAAGCCCAACUACCACGGUCUCAAUGCAAGUCGUAAUUUCACUCCAGCUUCCUGGAAUAUAGUCAGAAAGCAUGCAGCUGCUCACAAAUAUCUCAGAUCGCCGAAUUGGUUGCUAUCCGAACGUUUAUGAAGCUCAAGGUCCUCGAUGCCAUUCCCGCCACAGGCUCCAUAUCUCUUCAAGAUCUCUCUCAGGCCACUGGCGUUCAAGACUCGCUUCUAGGUAGGGAUCCUUGUCACUAUUGGCUGGUAGAGUCAUAGCUGAAAUCCCAAUCACCUUAGAGCGGAUGGGGCGCGUGUUAGUUGCUUCCGGUUUCCUUGACCAAACAGAACCCGAUGGCGGCGAGUAUAAGCACACCAAAUUCUCAUUGGCUUACAUCCUCGAUAAGCCUGCGCCAGGCCACUUGUUCCUGGCAAUGUACGAUGAAUGGUUCAAACAUAUGCACAACUUCGACGACUAUCUUCUUUCGAAAGGAAAAUACGAAGAGCCUCAAGACCCCCUAUAUAACCCGUAUACUGCUUACUGGAAGCAAGAGGGAACGCCAGUAUGGAGCAUCAUGAUGCAGAACCCUGAGAGAUUUCAAACUUUCCAGACAGGCAUGGCCGGCAUUGAUGUUGCAAUUCCUGUUACUGGUCACUUUGAUUUCAGCACCCUCAAGAACGACUCCUCAGAUACGGACAACGCCACCAUAGAGCUUGUGGACGUUGGCGGUGGUGAAGGAACGGUCCUUAACAAGAUCCUCGAAGCUCAUCCUGACCUGUCGCCUAAGAAUUGCAUGCUUCAGGAACGACCGGAAGUCAUACAGCUUGCGAAAUCGAAGAAGACUCUCCCUGACGGCGUUCAACUUGUUGAGCAUGACUUUAUGAAGGAGCAGCCCGUAAAAGGGGCUAAAGCUUACUUUAUGCGCAUGAUCCUCCACGACUACGCAGAUGCGGUUGGAAUACAGAUCCUGACUCGCCUCGCCGAAGCCAUGAAGCCUUACUCUCGAGUUCUCAUUUGCGAAAUGGUCCUGGCUCCUCGUGUAGGAGAAGCUGAUUUUGCCUCCGCUGUUCUUGAUCAGGCUGUUAUGACGAUGGGCGGAAAAGAACGUACUGAAGCAGGGUUUCAGAAGAUGUUUGACGCUGCUGGGCUCGAAUUGGUCAAGACUUGGCGUGCUCCAGGCGUUCCUGGUGGCUGUGUUGAAGCGAGGUUGAAGGGUCAGACUUAGGAGGACAGGACAGAUAAAGGCGGGGAACAAGUACAGCGCAACCUACCAUACGAAGGCGCAGCAAGUUAUACGGAAUACAUCAUAGGAUAGGAUGCUAUUUGUGUAAUUAGGAACCAGUCUUUCAAGAAAAGCUUGCAUUGAUCCCUUGUCCCUUACGUUCUACCCCUGAAUCUUUAACCGCAGAUAGCAGUAUGGCCU